CGUUUUCCUUCCAAGUUUGUCCACCUCCAAUUGUGGAGCUCCUUGCAUUGAUUUUGUAAAUAAACGCUACACAGGAGUUCGAGCACCACCCAAACACUGAGCCAUGGAGCCGCCAACAACUGGCGGGAUUGCCUCUGCCGCCACCGCCGGGAACAGCUCUACCCACAAGUUCCAUCCUUGCGACGAGGCCGUGAUAGCCACUAACGACGACGCCAGUGAUUGCAAACGCUGUGCAGUGCGACUGGGCUACUGGAAGGACGACUACAUUGGGUACUUUGUGCGGAACCAGGAGCGAAAGGCACCGGAGAUCAACCGUGGGUACUUUGCCCGCGUCAAAGGGGUCGAGAUGUGCGUCGAGAAGUUCCUGAAGAAAACGUCGGGAAACUGCCAGAUUAUCAACCUGGGCUGCGGCUUCGACACCCUCUACUUCCGUCUGAGGGACACCGCCCAUCAAGUGAAGAACUUUAUCGAGUUGGACUUCCCCACAGUCACUGCCCGCAAGUGCUACACAAUCAAACGCAACAAGGCGCUGCUGGCAAGGAUCCAUGACGAGGAUGGCGAGGUUCGGCUCAGCCCGACUGAUCUGCAUGGACCCAGCUACCACUUGAUGGGCGUUGAUCUGCGCAAUCUCGACGAGGUCGACAAUAAGCUGCAGCAGGCCGAAGUGGACUACACCCUGCCCACAAUCUUCCUUGCCGAGUGCGUACUCGUCUACAUCGAGGCGCAGAACUGCCGCAAUCUGCUCCAAUGGAUAGCGCAAAAGUUCCAAGCCGCAGUCUUCGUCAACUAUGAGCAGGUAAACAUGAACGACCGGUUUGGCGAAGUAAUGCUCAAUAACCUGCGGGGACGCGGAUGCAGUCUGGCCGGUGUUGAGUCCUGCUUGUCGCUAGAAACGCAGCGGAACCGCUUCAAGGAUAGUGGUUGGAGCGGAGCCCGCGCCUGGGACAUGGUGCAAGUGUAUGAGAGCAUCUCUGCGGCAGAACGGCAGCGGAUCGAGCGGCUUGAGAUGCUCGACGAAGGCGAGCUGCUCUUGCAGCUAUUCCAACAUUAUUGUCUGGUGGUCGCCUGGCUGGGAUUGGCCUUUCAGGACAUAGAUAUCACGUGCGUGCCAGUUGUAGAAGAGCUGAUGUCCUCGCUGAAUAUUGACUAAGAAGAGGAACCUAUGGAAGAUGGAGGGGGAGACCAAACCACAUUAACGCAUCAUUUAUUGUCUCCUUGAUAUGCUUGAAAGGCUAUGCCAAAAGUUUUUGCUUAACGUGUUAAAUUAAAAAAGGAAUAUUCAAAAAUCUGAACGUAUUAAAAUAUUUAUCCCGCAUAUAGACCCUACCACCAGAACAUUUAUUUGUAAAUUUUAUAUUGUUCCUUAAGCGACUUUCCUUGUUAAACUAUUUAUAUUCAUACCUUUUUUGCUUAUUCUUAUAAAACUACUUCAUCACCAACGAGUUGUGCAUAAAAGCAAUGGCUAUUGACUAUGGAAUGAUUGAUUCAUUGGCCAUCCUUUUUUCAUUACCCCAUUUAUGUGUGCGUUGAAAAAGUGUAAAGUAUUUGAAAUUAAUUAAAACUAAAUGUAAUUGGAA